UCACACCUUUUACAGUUAGUUUAAUUUCAUGUAAAACGAUGGGUGGAGGUGCCAUUUGCAUCCCGGAGCUGGCCCUCCCCUGGUCAAAAUGAGGAAGACAGUUAGGGGAAGCUCGCCGGAGAAUCUGGAGCCAGCCAGACUGGUGUGGAGCCUAAUCCUUGAGGGGUGGGACUUGGUUUACCUUCCUGUCCCAUAGGACGUCCGAACCCCUGAGGCUGCCUUUGAGGGGCUGGGGUGUGUCCGGGUGAGCAGGGCCCUCCCUGGACGGCCAGCGUUGUGCUUACUGGGAGUGGAAGGAGGCAGGCCAUGGGUGUGUCCUGCUCUAGUAUCCAGCAGGGGUGUGUGUGGAGCUGGCUGGACACCUGUGACUCCUACUUCUAGGUGGCUCGAGGCAGCCAGGAUGUCAGCUCUCCCCAGGAACCCUGCUUCCUGCUGAGAAACAUGAUCAGCAAGUCCCCUCCUCUAUGCAUGUGCCCUGCAGGCUGGAAGCUCCUGGCCAUGCUGGCACUGGUCCUGGUCAUCAUGGUGUGGUAUUCCAUCUCCCGAGAAGACAGGUACAUUGAGCUUUUUUAUUUUCCAAUCCCAGAGAAGGAGGAGCUGUGCCUGCAGGGUGAGGCAGAGAGGAAGGUCUCUAAGCUCUUUGGCAACUACUCUCGAGAUCAGCCCAUCUUCCUGCAGCUUAAGGAUUAUUUCUGGGUCAAGACAACCUCUGCCUACGAGCUGCCCUUUGGGACCAAGGGGAGCGAAGACCUGCUCCUCCGGGUGCUAGCCCUCACCAGCUACUCCAUUCCGGAGAGCAUCCAGAGCCUCAAGUGCUGUCGCUGCGUGGUGGUGGGCAACGGGCACCGGCUGCGCAACAGCUCGCUGGGAGAUGCCAUCAACAAGUAUGACAUGGUCAUCAGAUUAAACAACGCCCCAGUGGCUGGCUAUGAGGAUGACGUAGGCUCCAAGACCACCAUGCGUCUCUUCUACCCGGAAUCUGCCCACUUCAACCCCAAACAGGAGAACAACCCCGACACACUCCUCGUCCUGGUGGCUUUCAAGGCGAUGGACUUCCACUGGAUUGAGACCAUCCUGAGUGACAAGAAGCGGGUGCGAAAGGGCUUCUGGAAACAGCCUCCCCUCAUCUGGGACGUGAACCCCAAACAGGUUCGGAUUCUCAACCCCUUCUUCAUGGAGAUCGCAGCUGAUAAACUGCUAAGCCUACCAGUGCAGCAGCCACGCAAGAUCAAGCAGAAGCCCACCACAGGCCUGCUGGCCAUCACCCUGGCCCUGCACCUUUGCGACGUGGUGCACAUUGCUGGCUUUGGCUACCCAGACGCCCACAACAGGAAGCAGACCAUUCACUACUACGAGCAGAUCACACUUAAGUCCAUGGCGGGGUCGGGCCACAAUGUCUCCCAAGAGGCCCUGGCCAUCAAACGGAUGCUGGAAAUCGGAGCAGUCAAGAACCUCACUUACUUCUGACUUAGGCAGGAGCUGUGCCCAUUGGUCUUCCCACUUUGCUGCCUGAGCUACUCCCAGCCAUGGCGAUGGGGGUGCCUGGUGCCAGUAUGACCAGCUUGGAUUCCCCCUUGCCUGUCUGGGGAGGGGUCCCAGGACUGGCCAGGUCUGAGAAGAGACCGUGGCCCUGGCUGCUCUUGUGGAGGCCUGAUCUAGUCGGGGUGCAGACCCUAGGGUGAUGGGAGCCCAGCGGACGAACGAGGCUCAUUGCUGUGACAUCUGCCUUUCAGCACCGGGAGGUUAUUUAAUGGGCUAUUUAAUCAAGGGGAAGAAAGUGCUGUGGGCUGGUCCCAUGCCAUCCAGAAAAAGGGGCAUAUACAGUGUUCGACCACUUUUUAUAAAAACACAAAAAUGAUGGGCCCACUAAGGCCUAGACCCAGAGCAGGCCUCCCAGGAGGGGAGUCGUCUGGAAUGGGUGGGUGUCCUCCAGAGAGGGGCUGCUCCUCCCGGCGGGCCUGGGAAGAGCAGUGCCAGGGAUGUUCCGUGGAGAAGGGAACCUCAUCUAAGAAAGAGGUACCAAACAAAUUAAACUAUUUUUCCUAAAAUGAA